CUCAGAGAACGUUCUCAGAUCGAACAGUCCGGAGUUCAGAGCCGCUCGAGCUGUCGCGGACUCGACAUUCCAUCGGCCAAAAUCUCCGUUUUUUUCGUUAGCUCGUUAAUUCAUUCAUUCGUUCGUUCGUUCGUUCGUUCGUUAGUUCGUUCGUUCGUUCGUUCUCUCUUUCUCUAUCACUUUCUUUCUCUCUAUCUAUUUAUCGUUGUGUGUUGUGUGUGUGUCGUUUAAUAGAAAACCAUCUCUUAAUUUGGCUGGGGCACCACUGAGGCAACCCUCUCGUUGUCACGUACACACAUUCAACUAUAUAUACGUCUCUAUCUCUCUUUCUCUCUCUCUCUCUCUCUCUCUCUCUCUCUCUCUCUCUCUCUCUAUCUCUCUCUUUCUUUUUUUCCACUCUUCACAUACAUUACCAUAUACAUAUUGACAUCACUCGAGUUUCCUUAAUCAACCGCAAACAUGUCCGACGACGAGGAACAAUACUCCAGCGAGGAGGAGGUCGAGGAAGUGUAAGCAGCCGGAGAAGAAGAUCGAGGGUAGGGCGUCCCAAAAGGACUCCGGGGAGAAUAUCGAGUUUAUGAAGAGGCAAGAACAGAAGAGAAGCGAUCUCGAUGAACAACUUAAGGAAUACAUCGCGGAAUGGAGAAAGCAGAGAGCCAAGGAAGAAGAGGAACUCAAACGUCUCAAGGAGAAACAAGCUAAGCGCAAGAUCACCCGCGCCGACGAAGAAAAGAGAUUGGCUCAGAAGAAGAAGGAAGAGGAGGAACGUCGUCAACGUGAAAUUGAGGAAAAGAAACAACGUGACAUUGAGGAAAAGAGACGACGCCUCGAGGAAUCCGAAAAGAAACGUCAGGCUAUGAUGCAAGCGAUGAAGGACCAAGCAAACAAGAAAGGACCUAACUUUACCAUUACGAAGAAGGACCUCGGGGGUAAUCUCUCAUCGGCCCAAUUGGAACGUAACAAGACGAAGGAACAACUCGAGGAAGAGAAAAAGAUAUCAUUGAGUAUUCGCAUUAAACCAUUAGAGAUUGAGGGAUUAUCGAUUGAUAAACUCCGUUUCAAGGCCACCGAACUUUGGGAUACUAUCGUUAAAUUAGAAACUGAGAAGUACGAUCUCGAGGAGAGACAAAAACGUCAAGAUUACGAUCUUAAAGAGCUGAAGGAACGUCAGAAACAACAAUUGAGGCACAAGGCUUUGAAAAAAGGUUUAGAUCCUGAAGCCCUUACCGGCAAGUAUCCUCCGAAGAUUCAAGUUGCCUCGAAGUAUGAACGUCGCGUCGAUACCAGGUCUUACGACGACAAGAAAAAACUUUUCGAGGGUGGUCUGACCGAACAGCAAAAGGAGAUAAUAGAAAAGCAAUGGACCCAACAGAAGGAACAAUUCCUUGGUCGUCAAAAGACGAAGUUACCGAAAUGGUUCGGCGAGAGGCCCGGCAAGAAAGCUGGCGAUCCAGAAUCACCGGAGGGCGAAGAGGACGUGAAGGCCGCGGCCGAUGACGAUCUCGAGGAGCCACAAUUCGACGAAGAAGAGGAGGAGGAGGAAGAGGAGGAGGGUGAGGAUAAGGAGGAGGAAGAGGAAGAGGAAGAAGAGGAGGAGGAGGAAGAGGAGGAGGAGGAAGAAGAGGAGGAGGAAGAGGAAGAAGAAUAAAAA